AUGGAACAGGUAUGGUUACUGCUCCUGCUGACAAUUAAAGUGCUUUCAGUGACUGCUCAGUUCAAUGGAUACAACUGUGAUGCUAACCUCCAUAGCAGGUUUCCUGCUGAACGAGAUAUCAAUGUUUUCUGUGGAGUACAGACAAUUACUAUGAAGAUAAAUUUUUGCACAGUUCUUUUCUCUGGUUACUCUGAGACAGAUCUGGCACUGAAUGGGAAACAUGGGGAUGCCCAUUGCAGGGGUUUCAUCAAUAACAACACCUUUCCAGCAGUGGUCAUUUUCAUUAUCAAUCUGAGUACUUUGGAAUCCUGUGGAAACACUUUAGUGGUAUCCUCAGCUCGAGGUAUCAAUGCUUAUGGAAAUACCUCACUGGUACAGAUAGGUAAUGUUUCAGGCUAUAUUGAUACGCCAGACCCACCAACAAUUAUCAGCUAUUUGCCUGGGCUUCUCUACAAAUUUAGCUGUAGCUAUCCACUGGAGUACUUGGUUAACAAUACCCAGCUUGCUUCGUCAUCAGCUGCUAUUUCUGUAAGAGAGAACAAUGGUACAUUUAUCAGCACUUUGAAUUUGUUGCUUUACAAUGAUUCAACCUACAGCCAGCAGCUCCUUAUUCCAAGUACAGGUUUACCUUUGAAAACCAAAAUAUAUGCAGCUGUAAGAGCAACCAACCUUGAUGGCAGGUGGAAUGUUUUGAUGGACUACUGUUACACCACACCAUCUGGUAAUCCUAACGAUGAUCUUCGAUAUGAUCUUUUUUUCAGCUGUGACAAGGACCCGCAGACAACUAUAAUUGAAAAUGGCAAGAGCCAAAUGGGCCGGUUUUCCUUUGAGGUGUUUCGCUUUGUGAAGCACAAGAACCAGAAGAUGUCUACGGUCUUCCUUCACUGCGUAACAAAGCUGUGCAGAGCAGAUGACUGUCCCUUUCUUGUGCCAAUUUGCGGUAACAGAGAAAGAAGAGACACUGGUGGGAGGACAACUUGGAGCCCUCAGAGCACCUCUGGCAAUGCUGUAAUCUCUGCUGGCCCCAUCAUUACGAGGAGUGAUGAGACGCCAACGAACAAUUCACAGCUUGCUCAUCCAAACGGACCUCCUUUCCAGUUGAACGCAGUCACCAGUGCACUGAUUUCAGGCAUUGUCAUCCUAGGAAUCACAAGCGUUUUCUUUUUUGUAUGUUCCCUAACUCUUCUGCACAGAAAGUGGCCCAGCAGUUCAGUCUUGAGUGGCAUCCGAAACCCAGUUUUCAACUGAAAGUGAUGAUUUACUUGCACUUUUUCUUUGGGGUUGCCUUUUUUUGUCCAUGAAAUAUGAUUCCAUUAAAAAAUAAUAUUAGGGCAACACUCCAGCUGUAUCCAGCUUCUAUUCCAGCUAUUCUAUCUUUGUAGAUUUGCUAGAUGUUGUUGUGUAGGUAAGCAGCAGUGAUAUUGGUAACAAUCCUAGAAAAUUAUGAGAAUUUCAAUUGUGUUUGUGAUCAGACGGUAUGACAUUAUGCCCAUUGGUGUGCUGACAAUAGAACUCAUGUCUCCAGCUUCCCAGUAAAGUCUCAAAGCUGAAGAUGAUAACCUUUCCAAGUAUGCUAUUCUUAUACAAAACCUGACACA